AAUUCUCUUAGUUAAGUCUUUUCUGUCCUGCGAACACUCACACGUCCUUCUGUGUGUUCUUCGAUGCGGAUUCGAAUCUCCUCGUAUUCCCCCUCAGCGUGCUUGGAAUGGAUUCUCCCGUACCCGGGGCAACACAUCACACAAUAAACGCCAGCUGUUGUGGAACGUGCAGAGGCGCUUCGCAGCCCAGGCGUGUCGCGGGCGCCCGGGAACCCUCGCCGUUCCCGCCGCACAGUUAAGCUGGACGAGCUGGGACAACCUGAUCUCGGCUGUCGGAGUGGGUGUCCUCAGGAGAGGUGACUUGGUCCUCGCGGACGCCAGUAGGAUUUUUCGAUAAAAGAAGUGACCCCAGGGAAAUUUUGAAGUUAGCAGUGUAGAAAGCACCACCAUGCCUACCGUGCCUGCGGAAGGAGGGAAAACGGACAUGGAAAGGAUUGGCCUCUUUAGUGAGAUGGAGUAUAUUACUGUGGGUGAUAAAUAUGUGUCACAGUUUAAUCGACCUUUUAAUGAGGCUGCAAGCAAAAGUAAACAGAUGCUACCUGGGGGAUCCAAAGCAAUGUCAGACCUUCAGGCAGGUUAUUUCGAUCCCCGUUUUGUAAGGAUUUUUGAAGGAGAAGGCUACGUGAAUCUGAAUCAAGUGAGGAGACGGGAUAUGAUGGAAGCAGCCAGAAAAAAUCUAGGCAAAGCCUUCUUCCCUAGUAGUGGAGAGAAAAAGCCAUGUGGCUUAGGAAGCUACUAUGGAACAAUAGGUGGUCCAGUCCCAUUUUUCAGCGCACAGUCAAAACCUCGAGAAAAAUAUAAGGCACCUGGAAAGAAUUUAUACACAAACCCAGGAAAGAAAGGAACUGGAUAUGGCUAUGCAAAUAUUACCAUAGGUAAACAGUUUUCACACUCUGCUGACUUCUAUGAUGCAGCAAAACUAAAUUAUAAGAAAGCGAAUGAAGAACACCAUCGUUUACUUAAAGGAGCACCGUUUAAGUUAAAUCUUCACCCAAGGGACUAUUUUGAUGCUAAUCCUUAUUUUUCUGAGGAACCUUUACCACCAAUUAAAAAAGAAGAGAAGAAAGAAUCAAUUUCAAACACUUUUAAACCUUCUUCUCCUGGUAAAAAGCCUGGUGGAAUGAAGGCAGGAACAUUUGAUCCUUACCCAUCACAUUCUGCUGACCCUUAUAUGGCUAAAUUGGCAACUAUUUCUGGCAAAAACGAUAAGAUUUUCCACCCACCAGGUGGACCAAAAAGCAGACCAGUUGAAAGUAUAAUGACUUUGAAUGUCAGAAGGGCACUAAAUUCAAAGAACUACAAGACUGCUUCAGUACCAUCCUAUUAGCAACUGGAAGACAAGUAGCUUUCUAGAUCUUAACUACGAGUAAUUCAUUAUCAAGAGCUAAUUAUUUGAAAAAAUAUAAGAUGUUUUGGAGCAGAUAGCUCAAGCAGUUAAAAGAAAUUUAAGCCUGCAACUCUAAUUCUCUUCCUUGUUUUCAUACUACUACUUAAUUAAUAAAUAGUAUUUGCUAA